AUAAAGACACUGGAAGAUUCUCCACAUGUGAUGUUCUUGAUGAGAGAUUCAGAGACAGACUGAAGCUGGAUCAUCAGACUGGAUCUGAUCAUCACAAACACCAGAAACACAGACUCUGGACUUUAUCAAGUGACCAUCAGAGGGAGAAGAUUGACCACACACAGAUUCAAUCUUACUGUCUCUGAGUAGUCAAAUGUAUCAGAAGGAGGUGAAUGGAGCAGAUUGAGAGGGAGAAUGUGAAGAAACAGCAGGUGGCGCUAGUGCACUGUUUUAGUUUGGGAUCUGCUGUUAGAAGGAAGAAGAAGGAGAAAGCAGGUGUGUUUGUGCUUCACAUUCCUGUCCAGUUGGUGGCGCUGAUGCACGAGAUCUGUUGUUAACUGGACUUUGAUUUUCUCCAAGAUGAAGUCGUGUCAGGUGACAAACAUCAAUCGUGAAGAUCGCACAGGUGUUUAACAGCGAUCACAAACCGGAAGUGUUUGAAAGACUUCUGGAUUCUGUUCCUGCAGCACAAGAUCGUCUGAACUACUGCAAGUCAUGAUGAGCAUCUGAUCGUCUUCAGAGACACAAAGAUCUCAGUGUUGAGCUGUUCAUCUGCAGUCUGUCAGAGAAGAGAGGAAAGAUGAGUCUCUCACACAAACAGAGUGUAAGAUCAGGCUCACAUGUGUCCAGCUCUGUGUCUGUGAAGUGUGACCGGUCAAAGGAUGAAGGACCAUUCUUCAGUGAAGAAACAACAUCACAAACCAAACGGCUUCAGUAUGAAACAUUAGAUCCAGAUUUACAGUCUCACAGGAACCGCAAGAAUUUUACAGACAGUCUCCUGCAGAUCUUCCAGGAUCUUGAGAGCAAAAUAAUGAAGUUUCUAAAGAAAGAACUGGACAUGUUUAAGAAAAUAUUACAAAAAGAGGACAAGCAAUACUUUGUGAAGGACUUUAAUGAGAACAGAUGCAGUAUGAAAGAAGCAGCUCUUGAUCUCACGCUCUACUUCCUGAGAGAGAUGAAGCAAGAUGAAGCUGCUGAUACUCUAGAAGACGAGCUGGUCUUCAUUCAUCAGCUAAAGUGUAGCCUAAAGAAGAAGUAUCAAUGUGUGUUUGAAGGAAUUGCAAAGCAAGGUGACUCUACACUUCUGAAGAACAUCUACACAGAUCUCUAUAUCACUCAGGGUUGUAGUGAACAGGUCAAUACUGAACAUGAGGUGAGACAGAUUGAAGUUGCUUCCAGACGUCAUGAAUCACAGGAGAUACAGGUUGAGUGCAAACAUUUGUUUGAAGCACCUGAACAAGACAAGCAGAUCAGAAGUGUACUGACAAAAGGAGUUGCUGGCAUCGGAAAAUCAGUCUCUGUGCAGAAGUUUGUUCUAGAUUGGGCCGAAGGAAAAGAAAAUCAAGAUAUCAGCUUCAUAUUUCCUCUUCCAUUUAGAGAGAUGAACUUAAAGGAGCAAGAAAAACUAAGUUUGAUGGACCUUAUAACUCAGUUUUUCCCAGAGACAAAAGGACUGAACCUUACAAGAAGAAAUCAAUUCAAAGUCUUGUUCAUUCUUGAUGGAUUGGAUGAAUGUCGUCUUCCUGUAAACUUUAAGGAUAAUGAGACGUGGUCUGAUGUUUCAUCACCAGCCUCUCUGGAUGUUCUCCUGACGAACCUCAUCAAGGGAAAUCUGCUUCCUUCUGCUCUCAUCUGGAUCACCAGCAGACCAGCAGCUGCCAGUAAGAUUCCUCCUGACUGUAUCGACCGGCUGACAGAGAUACGAGGAUUCAAUGAUGCACAAAAGGAGGAGUACUUCAGAAAAAGAUUCACGGAUGAGAAUCAGGCCAAAGAAAUCAUUGAUCAUGUUAAACAAUCAAAGAGUCUCUUUAUCAUGUGCCACAUCCCAGUCUUCUGCUGGAUUUCAGCCACUGUUCUCCAGAACAUUUUAGAGGAGAAAAUAAAUAAUGUUGUGAAAAACAAUCAGGCUGAUGAUGUCUCCAAAACACUGCAGGAGUCAAAUACUGAAGACACUCCUAAGACUCUGACACAAAUGUACACACACUUCCUCAGAUUUCAGAUCCAGCAGAGCAGACGAAAGUAUGUUGGAGAACAUACACCAGAUGUUUCCUGGGAUAAAGAUGCCAUCUUUUCACUGGGGAAACUGGCAUUUGAUCAGCUGGAAAGAAACAAUGUGAUCUUCUAUGACACCGAUCUGGAAGCCUGUGGUAUUGACGUCUAUAAGGCAUCAGUGUACUCAGGCAUGUGUACCCAGAUCUUUAAGGAGGAAACAGGGAUCACUCUUGGUACCAUGUACUGCUUCGUUCACUUGAGCAUUCAAGAGUUUAUUGCAGCCCUUUAUGCACAUCUGUUUCUAGACAUGAAGAAGAAAAGUAUAUUUGUUCAUGAGUCUACAAAAUGGAAAUAUAAAAGUGAAGCCAUGAUUGAUUUGCUCAAGACUGCAGUGGACAAGGCACUAGAGAGUGAUAAUGGACACCUGGAUCUUUUUCUUCGCUUCCUCCUUGGUUUGUCACUCCAGUCCAAUCAGAGACUCUUACAGGGUCUGUUGACACUGGAAAAUAGAAAUGAGCAGAGCAAAGAGGAAAUAGUUUGGUACAUCAAGCAGAAAUUAGAGUCUAAUCUGUCUCCAGAGAGAUCCAUCAAUCUGUUCUACUGUCUGAAUGAACUGAACGACCAAACUCUGGUGAAAGACAUUCAGACCCACCUUAGCAAAGGAAGUCUCUCAUCUGCUGAUCUUUCACCUGCCCAGUGGUCUGCUUUGGUCUUUGUGUUGUUGACAUCAGAGGAGGACCUGGAGGAGUUUGAGCUUCAGAAAUUCAAGAAAUCAGACGAGUGUCUCAUUAGAUUAUCAGCAGUCAUCAAAACCUGCAAAAGAGCUCUGCUAAAUGAUUGUGGCUUAACAGACAAAAGCUGUCCAGCUCUGGCUUCAGUUCUUGGAUCAGAUACCAAUCUGAAAGAGCUGAACAUGAACAAUAAUAAUCUGCAGGAUUCAGGAGUCAAGAUCCUCUGCACUGGACUGAAAAAUAAAAAUUGCAAAUUAGAGAUACUGAGUCUGAGUUAUUGCAGUAUUACAGAGGAACAGUGUCUCAUCCUGACUUCAGCUCUGAAAUCAAACCCAUCACACCUGAGAGAACUGGACCUGAGUGGGAAUCAAAUAAAAAACACAGGACUGAAUCACUUAUGUGACGUACUGAAGGAUUCAUGCUGUAAACUGGAGAGAUUGAGUCUUUGUUACUGUGGCAUUACAGAUGUUUCUUCUUUAACUCAGUCUUUGACAAACACAAAAGCUCUGCAGUUUCUAAAAGAGCUUGAUCUGAGAGAUAAUAUGAUUGGAGACUCAAAGCAGAAGCUCAUUGAUGUGCUACGAGACUCAAACUGUGAACUGAGAGUAGAUACAGAUCCAUCACCAGAAGACCCCAAUAGAGUUAAAUCACCAGAAGCUGAUAAAUGCAGUAUCUCAUAAAGUGAAGUGAUCUUGAGAGGAGCAGUAAACAUCAGCUGAAGAUCCACAGAAGAGCUUCACUACUGUGUCUAUGAGGAGAAAUAAAUGUGUGAUAAAUGUGUAAAUGUGAUCCAUACAGGUGAAGAGACUCAGACUUUACAAUCAAAUAAUGCAGCAUGUGUGUUAGAAACAUGAUAUUGACUGAUUAAUGUUGCUUUAGUAUUCAAGCAGAUGAUCAUUGUGUUUAAUGUAAAGCUGGAACAGAGGAGGAAGAAGCUCAGAUGAGUCUGUCUGGCUCUUCACUUUAAUAAUAUUUCUAUUAAACUCAUUCAUAAUGAUUCAGAUGUUUAAAUGUGAUUGUCAAGUGCAGCUCUUAAAUGUGUCAAAAGAUAUGAAGCAAAUCUAAAAUGUUUGAAACUUAUCUCAUGUUUUCUACACAUUGUUAUUAUAUUUUACGUUAUAUUUAGUUGUGUGUGUGUUGUUAAUGUACAUGUAUCCAGUAUAUAGUCUUUGUUCUGUGGAUGGAGUCUCUCCUUCAUCAAAUCAACUAAACAUUUUCACAAGUUAACAGCAUUUGUGUCUUUUACUCUCCUCUAAAUACUCAAAAACAUUUACUCUUUUUAACACUUUUAUAUUUUCUUGUAAAUAAAAUGUCACAUACAGUUAAAAACAAGUGAAAAGUUGACUUGUCUGUUUUAAGUAUUAUUAAACUGUUUUAAAUAUAGGCUAACUUGUAGACAUGAAACAUAAAGCAUAAAUAGCUAAUGCAUAAUAACAGAAAUGUUCCCAUUAUAUGUACAGCAGGUAUUUCUUUAUUUUAUUUGUAUUUUUCUCAGUUAAUAUAUUUCUAAAGGUGCUGUACUUUCUUAAUUGCGCCGCAUGAGUAGUUGUUGGUCAGAGAUGUUUUGGAGCAGAAGAUCUAAAGGAUUCUGGAGGUUCAUCAUGUGGAAAGUUGAUAGUUAGGUAAAGUGCUUCUGUCGUUCUCUAACAUUCAGAUCUGUAAAGUAAGGUGGAAAGGACACAGCUCUGAUACAGAGUCAUUCUAGUGUUGGACCUCCACAUAUUGUUCAGUGUUAUAAAGCUGUUUCUGCUCUUGCUAA